CGGUCAAGAACAGGAGGAAAAAACUACAGCAACUAAUUCACAUGUAAGGGUGACGGCUUCUGAUCUUGGUUUCUAACUCUGUGUCAUCAUGGCCUCUUCACCAUCCUUGUCUGAGAUGAGGCUUAUUCUGCUCGGCAACAGCUGGUACGACCAGAGUUCAGUCGCAAACUUAUUACUGGGUCCAAAUACGUUCAACACAAAGGAAGAACCAAACACCUCCAUCAGAGUCUCUGGAAUGAUUAUGACAACAAGAACGGUUCUGAUAAACACCCCGGACCUGCUCUGCCAAAGCAUCUCUGAAGCCAAACUUAAAGAACAUGUAGAUCUUUGUGUGAGUCUCUCUGCUCCAGGACCUCAUGUGUUUCUGUUGGUUGUUCAGCAGAACAUCACUACCCAACAAACCAAGAGGCUUCAUAGGAUUCUUGAACUCUUCAGUGAAGACUCUUUUAAGCAUUCACUGAUAUUGAUCUCAACACCUGGAUGGCAAACGUCGGGUUCAAAUUCCCCGUUUCACCAGACGCCUCUGCAGGAACUGAUCAGAAUGUGUGGAGACCAGUGGAUCAGGCUGCAACACAACCCUAAAGACCUGCUGUGGAAAUUAAGUCACAUUUUAAGAAUCAACUAUGGGAACCAUGUUAUCUGUGGCCAUCCAAGCCUGGAACCUAAUAAAGAAGUUCCUUUACCUUUGAAAUCAUUUCUAAGCCUUGAUGAAUCAGAGCUGUACAAUGUGGCAUAUGCUGCAGAUAAUGUCAGAACCCAUCGGCGCAUCCACAGCACGGAGCUUCAGCGGCCAGACUACUCUCAGCAGCAGCCACCAGCCCAGGUGUCUGUCUGGAUGACAGAAGACAGAGAAACAGGCAGAAGCUGGAAAACCUUCAUGCCAACGUGGGGAGGUGAUGAAGAGGAUCCAAACAACAUCAGAAUUAUUCUGAUAGGGAAGACUGGCAGUGGAAAGAGCUCAUCAGGAAACACCAUCCUGCGAAGAAAACAGUUUGAAGCCAAAUUAUGUCAAAAAUCAGUCACAAAGCAAUGCGUAAAGGAAAAGACUGAAGUAGACGGACGGUCGAUUUUCGUGGUUGACACACCUGGUCUUUAUGACAACAGUUUGAGCCCUAGAAAGAUUCAGGAGGAGUUGAUGAGGUGUAUUAAUCUUGUGGCUCCAGGACCACAUGUCUUCCUCCUGGUGAUACGGAUUGGCAGAUUUACACCAGAGGAGAAAGAGACGUUAAAUAAUAUCAAGAAAAUCUUUGGGAAGAAUUCUGAAAAGUUCACCAUCGUUCUUUUAACUGGAGGAGAUUCACUGGAGCGAGAAGGCCUCACUGUCGAAGAUUAUAUUAAAAAUGAUAGUGAAGAUUCCUUCAAGAAGCUGAUCAAUGACUGUGGAGGAAGGUACCAUGUGUUUAAAAAUGGUGAUCUAGAAAACCGUGCUCAGGUCAGAGAGCUGAUCAGAAAGAUCGACACCAUGGUGAAGGUAAAUGGAGGCAGCUGCUUCACUAAUGAGAUGCUGCAAGAAGCUGAAGCUGCCAUACAGAAGAAUAUGCAGAAUAUUCUAAAAGAGAAAGAUCAAGAAAUAAAGAGGAAGGUGGAAGAACUUGAAAGAAAACAUUCAGCAGAAAAAGAGGCCUUAAAAAGACGUUUCGAAAAACAGAAACAAGAAAUUGAACUGCAGAGAAAAUAUUUGCAGGAAAUGGAGGAACGUAUCAAGAGAGAAAAUGAGCAGAGAAAGAAAGAGCAGCAAUAUAGGGAGGAAGAGGAAAAAAGGAGGCGAAAGGAAGAAGAAAUGAAAAAGCAUUUGAUUGAUGAGGUGGUAGCAAUGGAGAAAAUGAAGAUAAUAUCUGGAUUAGAUGGUAAAGUAGCUGACCAAUCCCUGGAGAUAAAGAAACAUGAAUAUGAAAAAGAGAAAGAAAAAUUUGAAAACUCUGAAAGGAUUGGAAGAGAACUGCAUGAAAAGGAGAUCAGAGAACUGGAGAAGUACCAGAAAAAGUUAAUAGAAGAAGCUAGAAAACGGGCAGAGAUGAAAAGAAUCUUAAAUCCUGUCUUCCCAGUCCUUAAACAAUUGGACAAAACAUGCAAUCUGAUGUAAUAAUCCAUCCCUAUGUGAACACAGUGGUACAUAUGCUACCUCUACAUAAUAUAAACUGUAAAGAAACAAAAAGGAGACAUAAAAUCUCGUAACAAUCCUGAAAGUUUAGCUUCAUGAUUAUUUCUGACUAUUUCACAGGAUUAAUGACAGUUUUCCAGCAAACAUCUCAGACACAAAUCUUUAUGAAAGUUUGAUGCGAGGUUCAGAGACAGAGCAGGUGCACCAUAAACAGAGGCUGUGGACCUUCAUGCAGCCGUCCAAGGAUUGAGUCCUGAGCCAAGCCCACUUCCUGCAUGCCCCCUUCUCAGCCUUCCACCAGACAAACUACGGAUGGAUAAAUACAUCUAGUGGCAGCACAUUAAAAACCUGGUGGUACUAAACCUGUUUAAAAAUUAUAAAUAACUGAUCUAGUAAAAUGAAUGAUGAUUUUCUUUCAUAAUUGUAUGUAGCUAAUAUCAAAAUAUUUUAAUAACAUUUUUUAAGAUGAAUCAGACUUUUAAUUUCUUGUAGAUAAAGUUUAAUAUUGUGGUGUUAAGAAAAGCACCUAAACUGACCUUAAACAUACACACAUAUUGCAAUGUUUAGAACUAUGUGCAGCUAAUCAUGUUUAAAAUUUUAAAACAUUGUAAAAAAUAUAGAUGCAUGUGAAUAUACACUCUGGAUCAAAAUCUUAAGACCAACUAAAAAACUGAAAGAAUUUGCAUAAUAUUUUGUCUCUUGCUCUCAUUUCUGUUUUUAGCAUUUUGAAGAUCUAGUUUGAACUUUCUGAAGGUCGAAUAGUGCAAAAUGCAAAUUCUUGCAAUUUUUAACUGGUCCUAAGAUUUUAAUCUGGAGAAUAUGUUAAGUGAAUUGUUUAUUCUGUUAAAGCCUUUAAGCUGCAGGAUGUUGAGCUAAAUACUGCUCCAACCAGAAAGAUAACUUUGACUUAAUUCUCUCCCUCCUGACCUUUGUUCAAUAAAGUUUCUAGGAAGAGUUGUCAAAACA